AGUCAAAAUCAACCAAAUCUAACUGCAUGAUGAUGUAUAAUACGGGAUUUUUUUGUAAUUCCCCUCUAACGCGACGUCUAUUAUCGGCCGCUCGUCAUUAAAAUAUACGAAUAUUGUUUGAGCCUUUGAUACUUUGUUACGGAGUCAACCUUUGUCCAUACAAUUAAAUUAACUAGUAUCCAAUAGGCUUUAAUUCAAACUAAACUAUUUAUCCAGCAGCAAAAUGAGAGGCUUUAGUGGAAGUGCUAAUUUAUAAAAUCUUGGAUGGCAGGUUACUAAGCACAUAAAAUACUCCUUUAUAUCUAUUUCAACUUCACAUGGUGUACAAAAGGUACGUUGGGAAAGCAAAUUUACAUUGACAUUGUUAUACGCAUGUCUACGUAGUUCACGCUAUUUACAGGGAGGGGGCACUAGCGUAGGCAAACUCCUAGCUUUGACUAUCAAGCCUUGCUAAAUCACCGCUCUCGCCAAGGAAACAAAACAAUAUAGAAUUGGGUUGACGGCGUGCAACAAGCAUAGACCCUCUCUCGACUCGACAACGCGCUUUCCCGUGGAAUGAGCGUUCCAUGCAGCAUCCUAGGUAUGAAUGACGUGGCCUGGCAGGAGACAAGAGGUGGGAUGCUGCAUGCAAAUGGCGCUCCUGAGACUGGAGGUGUCAGAGUUCAUGUUGGAGGGCCCCUAGCCCCAGUUGGGGUAGCUGGACAGGCUCCUGGAGUCCCACAUUUACAAGGCAUGGAGAGGAUUGUUAACCCCCCUACCCCAGGUACCCCGCAGCCUCCACUGAGUGGACGAUCUCAGGAUGAUGCCACAGUUGGAUACUUCUUUCAGAGGCAGCCCGGAGAGCAGCUUGGAGGUUGCACACCCAGCAAGCAUCGCUGGCCAACUGGUGAUGCCAAUCAUGUUGAUCAGGUCCGUCCUGUGGAUGAAAUGAACUAUGACUUCCAAGCUCUAGCUUUGGAGUCAAGGGGCAUGGGAGAGCUUCUGCCAGCAAAAAAGCUUUGGGAUUCGGAUGAGAUGGCCAAGGAUGGAAGGAAAGGGAUGCUUCUUGGAGAAGAGUGGAGGGACAAUGCAUGGGGAUCAUCUCAUCAUUCAGUGUCGCAGCCAAUCAUGGUGCAGCGGCGACCUGGCCAGAGUUUCCACGGGAAUGGUGAUGCCAAUUCUGUGCUUUCACCUCGCUCAGAAGGUGGAGGCUUGGGGGUGAGCAUGGUGGAGUACGUCCUGAGCUCUUCUCCUGGUGACAAGAUGGAUGGUCGCUACAGGAACGGUGGCUAUGGUGGAGCAGAUGUUGACCAAGAUGGGAGAGAAAAGAUUGAUGUCCAAGAGAAAGUGUCCCCCUUUGAAGAGGACAAGAGCCCAGAGAAGAAGGUGGGAGAUGAGAAUGAUCCUGCUAAAGCCAACGGAAGAGGUCUACUAAACGGCAUAGACUGCAAAGAUUUCAAUCCAACCCCUGGAAGUCGCCAAGCUUCCCCCACUGAGGCUGUGGAGAGAAUGGGUCCCAGUCAGACAGGUUUGGAGAUGAUGGGACAGCACCACCCACAUAUCCUCCAACAACACAACCCCAUCCAGAACAAGGGACCUGAGGACUUCCAGAACCAGGAAGCUCAGAACAUGGGAGGUAUGGAGCAGCAAGCCGGUGUGGAGUCCCUCCAGUUUGACUAUGCUGGGAACCAGAUUCAGGUGGACUCCUCAGGGACUCCAGUAGGAUUGUUUGACUACAGCUCACAGCAGCAGUUGUUCCAGAGAUCUAAUACCCUGACAGUCCAACAGCUCACUGCAGCUCAGCAACAACAAUAUGCCCUGGCUGCAGCCCAGCAGCAGCAUCUCGCUGGCCUUGCUCCUGCGUUUGUGCCAAACCCUUACAUCAUUAAUGCUGGCCCCCCUGGAACCGAUCCCUACACUGCCGCCGGGCUGGCAGCAGCAGCCUCGCUUGCAGGCCCCACAGUGGUUCCACCACAGUACUAUGGUAUGCCCUGGGGCGUGUACCCGGCCAACCUUUUCCAGCAACAGGCUGCAUCAAAUGCCAAUCACUCAGCUAACCAGCAAGCAUCCAAUCAGGGACCAGGGCCAGGCCAACAACAGGUGAUGCGUGCAGGAAACAACCAGCGACCUCUUACACCUGGGCAAAACCAACAGAGUCAGCAGGAAUCUCUAGCUGCAGCAGCUGCUGCAAACCCUGCAUUGGCGUACGCAGGAAUGUCUGGUUAUCAGGUGUUGGCCCCUGCAGCCUAUUAUGACCAGAAUGGGGCCCUUGUAAUGGGUCCUGGUGCCCGAGCUGGUCUAGGUGGGCCAGUACGUCUAGUCCAGACUCCUCUCCUCAUCAACCCUGCAGCAGCACAAGCUGCAGCUGCGGUAUCAGCAUCUGGCUCUGGUAACAACAUGUCUGGUCCUCCAGGCAAUGGGCUGUACCGCUCAAUGCCUCAACCCCAGCAGCAGCAGCAGCAGCAGCAGCAGGCUCCCCCACCCAGCGGCGGCCUGCCCUCCAGCUCAUUCUAUGGCUCUGGAUCAGUCCCUAACACUUCUCAGAGCAGCUCCCUUUUCUCACACACCUCUGCUGCGCCGCCACCACAAAGCUCCUCCCUGGGCUUCAGCAGCACCGGCGGCUCCCUUGGCGUUGGCCUGGGCUCUGCUCUUGGAGGCUUUGGCUCUUCUGUAUCCAGCUCUGGCAGUAGCAGUGUAUCUCGCAGAGACUCCCUGCUGGCAAGUUCUGACCUAUACAAACGCGGCGGCAGCAGUUUAACUCCCAUUGGCCAGCCCUUUUACAACAGCCUGGGUUACUCCUCUUCACCAAGCCCCAUUGGCCUCACACCAGGUCACUCUCCCCUCACUCCCCCACCCUCUCUGCCCUCCUCUCAUGGAUCCUCUUCCAGCCUUCACCUAGUAUCCGGUCAUUCUGUAAUCCUAGGUGGCCUGACGAAUGGCAGCGGCCGUUACAUUUCUGCAGCGCCUGGAGCUGAGGCCAAGUACCGGAGUGCCGGAGGGACGUCCAGUCUCUUCAAUUCCAGCAGCCAGCUUUUCCCGCCGUCUCGGCCCCGCUACAGUCGCUCUGAUGUCAUGCCGUCCGGACGCAGCCGCCUACUGGAAGACUUCAGGAACAAUCGCUUCCCAAACCUUCAACUCCGUGAUCUGCCGGGACACAUGGUGGAGUUCUCUCAAGACCAGCAUGGAUCCAGAUUCAUCCAGCAGAAACUAGAGAGGGCCACUCCAGCAGAGAGGCAGAUGGUGUUUGGAGAGAUUCUGCAAGCAGCAUACCAACUGAUGACUGAUGUAUUUGGGAACUAUGUCAUCCAGAAGUUCUUUGAGUUUGGAAGUGCAGACCAGAAGCUGGCUUUGGCAACACGUAUCCGUGGACACGUCCUUCCCCUGGCUUUGCAGAUGUACGGUUGCAGGGUCAUUCAGAAAGCCCUGGAGUCCAUUUCCUCAGACCAGCAGGUAAUUAGCGAUAUUGUCCGCGAGCUGGAUGGCCACGUGUUGAAGUGUGUCAAGGACCAGAAUGGCAACCAUGUGGUGCAGAAGUGUAUCGAGUGCGUCCAGCCUCAGGCCCUACAGUUCAUAAUUGAUGCCUUCCAAGGACAGGUGUUUGUGCUCUCCACACACCCUUAUGGCUGCAGAGUUAUCCAAAGGAUUUUGGAGCACUGCACCCAGGAGCAGACUCUGCCCAUCCUGGAAGAGCUGCAUCAGCACUCUGAACAGCUGGGCCAGAAAUAUCAAGGCGUAUCAUUGGAGAUGACACCCAAAACAUAUUAUACAGUGUCCCGCGAUGCACUGUUCAAGGAUCAGUAUGGUAACUACGUCAUUCAGCAUGUUUUGGAGCACGGCAGACCAGAAGAUAAGAGCAAGAUCGUCGCAGAGGUUCGCGGAAAGGUUCUGGUCCUCAGCCAACACAAAUUUGCAAGUAAUGUUGUGGAGAAGUGUGUGAUCCACUCUUCGCGUGCAGAGAGAGCUCUGCUGAUAGAUGAAGUGUGCUGCCAGAAAGACGGGCCUCACAGCGCCCUGUACACCAUGAUGAAGGACCAGUACGCCAACUAUGUUGUCCAAAGAAUGAUCGACAUGGCCGAACCUGCUCAGCGCAAAAUCAUCAUGCACAAGAUCCGGCCUCACAUUGCCACCUUACGUAAGUACACCUACGGGAAGCACAUUCUGGCCAAGCUGGAAAAAUACUACAUGAAGAGCGGAUCUGAACUGGGUCCCAUCGGUGGCCCCACGAACGGCCUCAUGUAGUCACGUCGACGCCCUGGGCCCCCUGAAGAUAUAGAGGAGUUCGAGCCCCAAACCCCCCUGAUCUGUGAGAGAUGCUCCUUAGCCAUAGGGGUUAGCCUUUGACACCCUCUGUUAUCCCAUUUUUUGGGGGAAUUACCAAAAAAGAAAAGAAAACAGACAAGUCAACUUCACCUAAGAACGCUGUGACAACUGACCCCUGCCACUCUGCCACCCCUGGUGCCGGCCCACACCGUGGCCCCCAGGGGACACAGUCAGCAGGCCGAUUUUUCUUUCCUGGGUAAAGCACAAACCCAUUGUUAAUGAUGUAAUUGAUGUAUUUGACUGGUUUUCAUAUUAUCUUGUACAUUUAGUUUUUUACCUUGUAAAUUCUCUGUAGAAAAAAAAACUUAUACACAUUUGCUGAAAUUUCCAAUUCCUACAAUUAACACCAGCAAGUGAUUUUAUAAGGCUAAACUGAGUGAUCCUUUUAAAAAAAACAACUAAAAAACAAUUCUACUUGUUUUUGUAACCAGACUUAUUAUGUCAGCUGUUCUAAUGAAUUCUAGGCAAUUGAAUAUUAUAUUUGUAUAUUAUCCCAUGCACAGUAAAAGUGUUUUCCCAUGCCAAAGCAGCUGAUGGAUUUGUUUUCAAAUAGCACCCCAUAGUAUGGAUGGAUAUAAACCCUCCGUCCACAGGUGAAUACUAUGUGUCCUGUGCCACAGUCACCCAGAAGUCUUCAAGGCCGGUUCACGAGCUUGGCUUUGGGGAUUGGUGCUUUAGUGUAGGGCAGUGUUUUCCAGUGGUGGCUUAUUCUUGCCUCCCUUUUCCAGGCUAAUGGGGGAGGCGUGUGUUUACCCCAGCGGCUUGUAGUCUGCCUGAUGUAAUUAUCUGAACAGUUUCGGUACUAAAUAUUAGACUGACCAACCUGAGCUGCUGCAUCCACUGAGCCUCAUCCAGGUGAUCACUCGGGGUUUAUGCAAAAUAAAAAGCUACCAUUUAACUUAUAGAAGCAGAGCAUGAGGAUUAGUUGUACAGCGAGCGUGUAACCUGGUAUAAUCUUAACAUGAAAUGACCGUAGUGGGGGGCUUUUUGUGGGGAUAGUGGGGUGGGAGUGGGGUACGUGUUGGCAUGCUGUGACAGGUUUUAAUCCUUGGAAUGAUUUUUUUCUUUAUCAUGUUUUGUGUAACAUCUUAUCUGUCUUGUACUUUGAGAUGAACACUGCCCUAGAAACGGUAUCUUUAUGUACUGAAUAAUCAUCUCUUGCGUAGAAGUAGUUUAGUGAUGUAUAGCAUCUUUAUGUAUGAGUAAAUUGUUGCUUUUGAGUAGGGGGCUUGCAGCGAUGAUGGGACCCCCACCGCCUGAAAGUCGGAGUAGUACAAAAAAAAAUGUUGUGAAGUGGAGCUUAUCGCAGCUUUGUACAUCUGAGGUGAAAUGAACUAGAAGUAGUGAGAGGGGUUGAAGAAAGGGAUGCCGAAAGAACCUUUUUUUUUUAAUGGUUCUGUUUUUGAUUUUUAAAACUUCUUUUUUUUCAUUUGGUUGGGUAUGCAAGUGCAUUGGUGGAGGCAGGUGGGGCCAUCAAAAGCUAUACAACUUACCUGUAAUGCUCGUAGUGAUGGCUUCUUUGCUUCAAAUGAAUAAUUGUAGAAUACAUGUAGUAUAUGUGCAGUUAAUAAGUGUAAGAUUAUUAGUUAAUUGAGAAAAAUGUCUAGUCGUGGUGUUUGACAGGCCUUGCUCUAAAUUUGUAGUGAUGCUUUUAUUUCGUCUGUACAGUUGUACAUUUGUAAACGUUUAUGCUGUAAAUGGGAUGUCUUUUACACUUUUUUGGGGAGAAAAAGGCAAAAAUGUGCAUUUUGAUGUGUGUGUAUAUUCAUCACUCCUUUCCCCUUGAAUAUAAUGUAUACAGUUUUAUUUGAUCAAGUGUUAUUUUAAAGGAAAAAAAAACUUUAUGGCUUCAAAAUCUGGCAUGGUUUUUGUUUUUAAUCUGUUAUGGGAAAGGCCAGCCUCUAUUUGUACUGGAGCUGUAACAUCCACUGUUAGUCUUUCUAAAGUGAGACAGUUUAAAAAGAAGAAAAAAAACACUCUGUACUAAAACUGAGGCUGCAUUUAGUCCUCUCUGCUACCAUGGAAACUUCACAGGAUAUGACAAGAAUUAUUUUUGUACAGAAGAGUGCUGUAUUUUGGAACAGCUUCUACCUUGUAAGCAAAAGCAAUGUAAAAUAUUGUCAAUUAUAUAAAUAUGAACAUAUGAGUUUUGUCACACUGUCAAAGUCAUGUACAUUUUCAGGUGGCCUUAUGUACAUUUCCAGAUGUUAGAUGAAGAAAACAAACUCAUUUUUGGAAGCAGAAUUGUGACUAUGUAAUGAUUAAACUGUUCUUCUAACAUUUGA